AACCAACUGGGGAAUCGAUAAGCAACGAGUCCACGUCAUUUUGCGUGACAACGCUGCAAAUAUGAAGAAAGCCAUGGGGAGUAUGGGAGUGAGGAGUGUGGGUUGUGUUGCACAUUCUUGCCAACUCUGCGUGCAUGAGGGCCUGCUUUCCCAGCGCAGUGUGACAGACACCCUGGCCAACGCGAAGAAGAUUGUAGGCCAUUUCGAACACUCACCACUGGCCUACUCUCYCCUUGAAGACAUCCAGAUGGACCUGAAAAUGGAUAUGAAGUGCUUACAACAAGACGUGCAGACGAGAUGGAAUAGCAGUCUCUACAUGUUGCAGAGCCUACUAGAACAAAAACGGGCUCUCAGUGUCUUUGCAGCUGAGCGCACUUUACCAGCAACACUGACAGCCAGUCAGUGGGAAUUGAUGAAGACAGCUGAUGUGCUUGCCCACUUUGAACAGCUGACCAGGGAUGUGAGCAGAGASACUGCAACUGCAGCUGAUGUGAUCCCUGCCAUAACAGUCCUCAAACGUAUUCUGUCUCGGGAGGGGGAUGAGGAGCAGGGAAUCAAGACCAUGAAGAAGACUCUUCUUGAGGCAGUCGAAAAGCGCUUUGCUGWUGUUGAAACUGAGCCAGUCUUCUACAUCGCCACUCUUUUAGAUCCCAGAUACAAAGAUCAGCAAGUACAGUAAAAUUAAAAUGCACCUUUUGUA